GUUCCCUCUAUAAAUACCCGACCCUCUCCGUCGUCCUUUCCAAAAGCUAGAAAGAUAUAAAUUAAAGAAAGGAGGUUCUUCUCAACUUCUCCUUCCGAAGCAGACCGGUAGAGCUCCAAGAUCUCCAUUAAUGGCGGCCAAGGUUUAUAUAGUGUACUACUCGAUGUAUGGUCAUGUUGAGAAGUUGGCAGAGGAGAUCAAGAAAGGUGCCACAUCUGUCGAAGGAGUGGAAGCUAAGCUAUGGCAGGUACCUGAAACACUUCCUGAAGAGGUUCUUGCAAAGAUGAGUGCACCACCUAAGAGUGAUGUACCAAUCAUCACACCAAAUGAACUUGCUGAGGCUGAUGGAUUAAUAUUUGGGUUCCCAACGAGAUUUGGUAUGAUGGCAGCACAGUUCAAAGCAUUUCUUGAUGCAACUGGAGGUCUCUGGCGAAUGCAGCAGCUUGCAGGGAAGCCUGCAGGAAUCUUCUUCAGCACUGGAUCUCAAGGCGGUGGACAAGAGACUACCGCUUUAACAGCCAUAACUCAGCUGACCCACCAUGGAAUGAUCUUCGUGCCCAUUGGAUACACUUUUGGGGCUGGCAUGUUUGAGAUGGAGAAGGUGAAGGGAGGCAGCCCCUAUGGGGCUGGAACAUUUGCUGGGGAUGGUUCAAGAUGCCCAACUGAGCUUGAAUUGGAGCAAGCUUUCCAUCAGGGAAAAUACUUUGCCAUAAUUGCAAAGAAGCUCAAGGGAUCUGCCUGAUCUGCUUAUACCUCCACAGUCAUUUGCCAUUCUAUAUGCCUCACUUCAAUCUUUCUUUUAUCAUUUUCCAUUGGGUCAAAAUAAUUGUGGGCUUUGUUAAUUUUUUUGAGCCAGUGGCUUUGAUAUAUAUCUUCUGUUAGUACAGGCUCUUACAUAAAGUUGGCUAUUUUGUUUGUGGUAAUAUAAUGUUGUUGUUCUUUUGGGACCAUCAGCAAAGUGUCUAUGUAUUUUUGUUGUCAGGAUAAAAUGUCUAUUUGACAAGUACCUCUGUUAUGUGUUUUCUGAAGCAGCAUUUUUAAUGAUUGAUCAUUUUUGCUAGUUGGCAGAAAAA